UCUGACACACCUUUGCUUUUUAAAUUCACAAUGGCUCCCGUGUGUUGCUUAUUGACGGUUCAAAAGACACAAGCAUGAUCUCAAUAAACACCUAACGCACUGAGGCUGACAGUCCAAAACUGCUAAACUUGCUAAAGCUAACUUCUUCGCUGGUCUUUUGUGAGGGGUUUCAGCACCGUUACCAGGCAACCAGCUCCGCUUCUUCACGCUGCCAGUCCGGGUCCAGACGGUCAGCGCUGCCGUGUAAACUACAUUAUUAAUGAUGUCGCAGAAACUAAACCUGUCCGAGAAGCCAUAUGUCAAGAAAGAAAGAGGGAGAAAUGCUGUAGCUGGUUUCAAGAUGAUGUCAGGAGCAGGAGGACGGCUGUGGACCGGAUCAACUUGGAACUAAAGAGCCGUAGGACCAGUUUAUAACCACAAGAAAGUGUCCAUGGAGGGAGACCCAGAAGAAUCCGAUGAGGACGUUCAGGGCGAUGACAAGCCCACUGUGCUGUGGGAGAAGCACUUUGAGCAGAGCAUCUUUGUGGACCUCAGUGAGGAUGAAAGUCUGCACUUCAGUGAUCUGGAGAGUUCUUUAGCUUUACGUCUGUCCCAAACAGAGUCUGCAGCUUCUGAGGCCAGCAUCCAUCUCAGUGGGAGCGCAGAGCUGUCGCCCUUAAAUGAAACCUCCUCAGAGAUCAGCAGCGUCAGCAGUCAGAGUGUGAGGGUGGAAAAGAGCAAGACUAGGAGCAGCAAACUGCAUGUGUCUGUCCAAAGACCAAACACCAUGCAAGACCAGGGGUACGAGGACCCGGGACAAAACACCAGCGAUGAGGAUCAGGAAGACCUGCCUUUUGAUGGUGACCUCAGAAGCCCCUACUUCAACCAGACAGGAAGCUCUGAGGAAAAUGGGAGCUCUGAUGGAAGAUGCACUGUUCAUGCAAGCCCUGAGCUUCCUGGUCUGUUUGAACUGCUGCCAGAGGAUGCCAGCUGUAAACAGGAGAACUUUUUAGAAGCUGCCAAGCCAAGUGUGGUUGCUCUACCGUGCCCUGGUCCUAUAGACAUUAACCAAGUGUUGCUGCAACACUUUUCCCAGGAGGAGCUGCUGCGACCAGGCAGACUGAUUGAGGCAGAGACCCUGCCGGAGGUGUCCCUGCUGGAGAGCGUGGACGACACUCUCUUUAGCUUGGCUCCAACAUGCAACAGUGCAGCUAUUUGUAGUAACCACACCGAGAGCUGUCAUGAAAAGAGUAAUAUUGCAUCAAAAAAUACAAAUUUAAAAGGGGAGACACAAAAGGAAACUGAUCAUUUUACAUCUGCUGCUGCUGACAAUGAUAUGUCCGGCUCUGUAAGUACAGAGUCAAACCAGUGCAGUGGGGAUGUCAGCGCCGAAGGAGUGGAGCAGGAGGAAGCAGAAGAGGAUGAUGAGGUGCAAAGAGUCCCUCUGCUGCGAACAAGAUCCUUCAGUGAGAUGAAGUAUGGCCAAGGCCAAGUUCACUACCCCCUCCCCGACUUCUCCAAGGUUGCCCCUAAGGUAAAAAUCCCCAAAACUCCAAGUGGACCAGUCAGAUCUGUACCUCAGUGCCAGAGCACCAUGCACAGAGCCCAGUCUUCUCCAGUGAUGUUAGAGGUGAUCAGCAGAGUCCUGGAGGAGUCAGUCCAGCCAUCAGAGAAGCCAUAUGUCUUCAAAGAUGAUGACAAACAGUCUCCUCCAGCACUGGUGCAUCACCUGCAGGCUGAAUAUGAUAAACUACUAACCAAGUACGCCGAGGCAGAGAACCUCAUAGACCAAAUGAGACUGGGAACCAAUGCUCAGCCCUCCUCAGAACUGAUGCUUGAUUUAGAGCACGAUGCUGACCAUCUUGAUGCUGAUCAGGGUGAGUUAGUGGAUGGAAGCCAUCUUGGAGCUCCUCACCUUUCACCACCAGAAAACUUAAGCAAAAAGGUAGAAACGACUCUCAACAGCACCGUUAAGGAGGCGACCACAGCUUCCUCAAGCCAGCCUCAAGAUGAUCCCAGUGACGGGGAGAGAAUGACCACCGAGCUAAGAGACAUCAUCAGCCAGUUCAUACAGAAGGUGGAAGAGUUCAAAUUCAGUGUAAGCACCAAGACUGCAAGCACAGAAGAACAGCAAAUGAUGCUGAGGAGCAUGAUGGAGGCUCAGGACCAGCUGGAAAGGAACUACAUGAGUAAGAAGGACGAGCACAGAGCUCUGGAGAUGCAGAACUACAUGGGCCUGUCGAGGAACACCGGAGCCUUCGACCCAAACAGACUAGUGGAGGGAGACAUAUUCAGGAUAGGGAUGCACCUUGAAGACAUAAAGGAGAUGAUAGAAAAAAACGUGUGUGAGCAAAUUUCUCUGCCCAACUCAUCGUCCACUCCCACACCUGUAACAGCGUCACAGCAUGUGAAGUCCAGUCCUCUCUGCAUGCCAGUGUUUUCAUCUCCACCAUCCCCGCAUGAGGGGCCAAGUGCAGGUUUUUCCACUGUGAGCGAUGAGAUGGACGUACAGAGAGAAGAAGAAGGAGAAGAGAAAGAGGCCAGUGAGGUCCAUAUAAAUGGUCGACUAGACCAAAGCAGUGAAUUCAUCACUGAUGACCCCCUAAUGAACAAUUCUGGACGUAACAACCAUCAGUCACGGGUCUCACUGGACUCUCUGGAGGCACUGAACAUCCACACAGCUGAGGAUAAGGAAGGCGAUGAAGAGAAGAGGAGCUCUGUUCUGUCAGAGGUGAUCGAUCACAGGGACAUCUUAGCAAACCGGGAUGGAACCAGUUCAGCAUCAACACAGAGGCAGCAGACAGCCGGCAGCUCAGUGUUGUGCUGUAGCACCCUGGAUGGUGUCCUGAACCUAAAGGGUGAAUGUGAUCUGGGUGAUUGUGUGAGUCUGGCAGUGGAGGUUUCCAGCUCGUCUGAUGCACUCAGAGACUCAGACGGUCGCAGCCUCUCAGAGCCUCCUCUCAACACCUCACAGAGGAUUGUGAGUCCAGAGACAGACAGUGGAUUUGGGAGCUCUUACUUGAAUCAGUCAGCCUCUGGAUGGUUUCAACCAAAUCUUCUCUCACAAAGCGGGCACUACCAGAAUGAAAGUUUAAGCAACUCAGAUAGUGAAGACUCCUGCUCCAACCUGCAGACAACCAUCCAUUCAGCUGCCCUGCCCGGCCACCAGUGGGCCGACACCCACCCUUCUGUCCAAACACAGCACUGUGAAGCAGCAGCUGCAGUGGAGCUGUGGGUGGAGAGUACCACUAAGGAGCCUUCAGGCUGUCUGCAGGGAUCAGACCAAAAUCUGCCUGCCCAGCUUCAUCUAUCUCAACCUCUACUCAGCUCAGCCAUGGAUACUGAAGACAGAGGCAGCCCGCUGUACUCCUGCUCUUGUAAUAAUGAGGCUAUCCUGGCCUUGCAGUCAGAGGUUUCCAGGCUAAAGAAGGACCUGGAGGUGGGCUUAGUCCAGCUGCCACACUUGGAACAAAAGAUGGACUAUCUCACCUCAAAAUACAGACAGGAUCGUCAGGAGCGCAGGUCUAAAACCAGAAUUCACCAAAGACCAGCCUGUAACAGUGCUGGGAAGUCAAGCAGCAGAGGUGUGAGUAACCUCAGGUCCAGUAAGGUGAGGAUAGAGGACUGGAUCUCAUCAGACAUGGACCUCAGCAAGAGCAAAGGCACAGGCAGUGGUAAUACAAGUUGCUCUGAAAUAAUGACGCAGGAAAUAAACUCACCUGUAGGGAGCAGGAGAGGUGGCAGAAGUUUGUGCUCAACAACUGAGUUUCAAUAUAGACUUCAGGAGACGACACAAACCGACAGAGGGACAGUGGGAAAUACCGGUUUUAAAUUAGAAAAUAGUGGAAAUUCUGAAAGCAACGUCAAGCAAAGAGCACAAACAGCUAUCAUGAAGAGUUUCCACUCCAAGGAUAGGUGGGCUCUUCUCUCCUCUCCGUCCCUCCAGAAGCCUCUCCUCCAGGUCAGCUACAGUUCCUCCAGCAGUUUGCCAGCCAGCUAUAAAAUGAGGGAGCCACCACUGCAGUCCAUGUCCCACUAUAGAAAACGUUCCACCCAGUCAGACUCAGCACUCCUGCCCAGCAACGUCUACUUCCAGCGGACACUGUCUCCAGCGUCAGUGGCCUUCAAGACCGGCAGCAGGACGAGCAGACGCAGCAGGACCAAGGAGGAAGACAUGAACAAGACUCUGGAUCAGGCUAUUGAGGUGGCCCGCAGCAUGAAGAGGACCACUGACCACAUGGCCAGGAGACUGUCUGCUGACUUGGCCAAAGCUCAGCUGCACAGAAAACUGCACAACAUGCAGCCACUGGGGGGCAGAAAGCACCAGGCUUUAUAAAACCCACAGAACUGAUCAGUUUAAAUGGUUAUCAUACAUCUGCCAGGAGUCCAUACAAGACCGGGGGUUCAUGCAGCAUUUAUCUUAUUAAUUACAUCUCUGAUUUUGAGUUAUUUAAAGACACACAUUUGUACUCAGCUUGUUUUGUUUUUCUACAUGUUUGUAUAUUUAUAACAGGCACAGAAGCCUAAAAUUGCUUGAAUCACUCUGCAAAAAUCACAUUUUGGUAUAAUAUUGCCUGUGUAUUUUGAGGUUUGAGUUGAUAUUUUUGCUAAUUUUGUUUGUAUGGCAUGUCUUUACAUUCUGAAUUUUGAAAAAAAAAGAAAUUAAAAUGUUACCAAAACAAA